GACGCAUUCAAAUAUGGCACGAUUCCAGGGUGUCUGGGUUACUUCUUGUCUCAUUUCCAUUCCGAUCAUUAUGGUGGUCUUUCGUCUAAAUUUGUUGGACGUAUUUACUGCAGCAAUGUUGGUUUCUGAUUCCCCCACUCAUUCAUACCUUCAAGAUAACUGAAGGUUUCUUAAGAGUUACCUUCGGCCCCAACCUUGACAUCGUGGCGAUGGAGUUAAAUACAUGGCUUCACCUUGACGGCGUAUCUAUCUUAGCUAUAGAUGCUAAUCAUUGUCCUGGUUCCGUGAUGUUCCUGUUUCAUUUGAAACGGGCGAAUCAGUUCAUCCUGCACACAGGAGACUUCAGGUUUGAACCAAGCAUGCUCAAUUCUUCCAGUCCUCUGGCUACCUUUCUACCUGCUUUACCUACUGACAAUGGUUCACUCUCAAUCCUCAAUGCAGUUUACCUAGAUACAACAUACUUGUCUCCACAAUACGACUUUCCCACUCAGCAUUCGGUCAUCUCGAGUGCAGUAGAGAUCACCCGAAACCAGCUAUCUAAAGAUCCAUCGACCAUGGUCGUUUGUGGAAUGUAUUCCAUCGGAAAGGAACGUUUUGUGUACGGUGAGUAG